GCCGGAGAUGGGCCAAGUUUUAUCUUUUCUUUCUUUUAAUAUUUGUUAAUUGCUCCUCGAAACCAAAUUCAUCAGAUUCUUCAACUCGCGCAUUUUCUUACUCAUCACCUUUCUUCCGAUUUCCCUGGCCUGCUUGGCAUUCCUCCUCCAAUGGCGAGCUCCGAGAUUCAAUCGUUUCCUUAUCUCCGAGAUUGGAAGCUUGAUCACAAGCCUGAUCUUAAACCUAAGAUAUGUAUAAGGACGAGCACUUCUGCUGGAUUAGAGCCGACAUUGCCAUGGAUUGUCUAUCACAAGCCGGAUAUAAAGAGGCAACUCGUGGCAAUCCGAACUAUUUUCUAAGCUAUGCAAAUGGGAAAUCCGCCGCUCGGAUUCAAGACCAUCUUCAGCCCAAUGGUGCUCAUCGAUGGCUCAACUACAUGAAGUACCCAAACAUCAUGGAACUAGGCGAAGCUGCGAUUCUUCACUACACUUACUCGAAAUUCUCAGAUCUUACUUCAAGACGUGAUCGAUGUGGCUGCAAACCAACUAAAGAAGAUGUCAAGAGAUGUUUCAUGCUAGACUUUGACAGAGCCGCAUUCAUCAUUGCUUCAACUUCAACUUCAGAGGAAAUGCUCCAAUGGUACAGAGAAAGAGUUGUAUGGACUGACGACAAUUUGAUCCUAAAACUUGUUAGGAAAGGAAUUCUGACUCGCAUUUAUGCACCAAUGGUUAUAAUCCAAGAGCUAAGAGAAGCCGGUGUUUUCAGCUCAGUGGUAAAUUCAGCUCACAUGUCUCUCUCAAGGAAUAGAAGCAACUCUUCAACCUCAAAAAUUACUAGAGAAUCAUCUCAAGCAACUACUAGGAAGGUGUUGGAGUUUGAUCUUGAGGAUCUUGAUGAUGAAUCUCCAUCAGCAUCACCUAUACCACCGAAAUCAUCUCCAGGCUUGGAAACAAUCCAAAAUGUUUCAUUAUGACUUUCUUAUAGAAGACUUCAAAUAUUUGCAGAGAGAUGAAACUGGGAGAUUUUCUGUACAUUUUCGCCAAGUUUUUUUUGUUUGCCUUAGGUUUUAACUAUACAAAGAAGAACAUUAGAGCAGGCUUUGUGGAUCUACUUGGUCCAUUUAUAUACAUUCUAUGUGGAAUGCUGUUGAUCGUGGUAUGAAAAUGAAUCAUGAUA